AUGGGCGUCGUCGCCACCUACAAGAAUAGACAGUUCAGGCCCAAAGGACCAGGUGUAGCAAUUUCCAAUCACCUCUCACCAAACGACGUACAGUUGCUGUUCGCAGGAACUCCUCCAGGCUCGCCCUACGGUUACGUGAUCACCGGCCAAAAACAUACUGGUAUUAUCGGAAUAUUACUUGAACUGUGGUUUCAGUUUGGUGGUCCGGUCCUGCUUUUUCCCGAAGGCUAUUGCUCCAAUAACACACAAGUUCUACAGUUUAGAAAGGCAAUAUUCGAAGAAGGAAUCAAGAUCUAUCCGAUAGCUAUCAAGCAGGACAGUCGGUUUGGCGAUGCCUUUUGGCAUGAGGACGCAUUCAGCUGGUACCUUGUUAGGGUUAUGUGCAGCUGGGCUACUCCCGUGGAUAUCACCUACCUGCCGCCUUUGACUCGGCUACCGCGAGAGACGAAUGUCGAGUUCGCAGCUCGUGCUCAGGCUCUUAUCAGUAAUGUAGUGGAAGCCCGACCCGCAGAGUUCGGUGGUUUGUUGUGGUACAGCAAACAUGAGCAGCGUCGUUUGCUGGAACUUCAGAAAGAAGUGUGCGCUGUGGCGUUGCUGUCUCAUCUCCACGAAAGCAAAGAGAAGACGGACAGCGACGACGGCUACUUCAGUAUGACACCCACCAAUGCUAGUCAUUGUAGCUCACCGACCACUGAUAAAUGCGGUGGUAUACUUUCACAUUAA